AUGAAACUAUUCUCCAGCUUGACUCUGAUGGCAUUGCUUCCCCUAGCAGUUGCUUUUCACCUUAAUCCACUGAAGAAAGUGAAGCAACUCCAAACAACGCCUUCGCAGCUUUUUGGUGGCCAAGGAUUUGGCAAGAGAUCCUCCACAAACGAGGAUGAAGCAAAGAAAGGCAGUGGCAGUAUUGAAAAUCUCAAGAGAAUAUACUCUGCUCCAGCCUUGUAUGAUCUAGCCAUGGGGUAUCGAAACUAUGAAAGCGAGGUGGAGUUUCUCUUGGAUUCUCACGAAAAAGUGUCUGGCCAAAAGGCAAAAUCUGUGAUUGAAGUGGCAUCUGGUCCUGGUCGGCAUUGCAUGGAAGCAUUGUCUUCCAAACUGGUAGACCGUGCAAUCGCCUUGGAUUUGUCUCCCGAAAUGGUCGAAUAUGGGCGCGGCGUAGCCAGGGAAGUGCUUGAUAAUGACAUGUUGUCUUCCAAGUUCACAUUUCUGUGUGAUGAUAUGAGAACCUUUGAAUUGGAAGAACCAUGCGAUUCUGCUUGGAUUCUGGCUGGUUCCCUCCAACACAUGACAACAAACGAGGAUGUUAUUGCCUGUUUGAAGGCCAUCCAUCGCUCGUUGACUCCAAAAGGGACUCUGAUUCUAGAGCUACCCCAUCCAAACGAAGUUUUCAACAUGAUAGAGUCCACGACAAACAGCUGGGAUGUACCGUUGGACGACGACAAUGGGAAAGAAUAUGGGGAGCUUCACGUGGUUUGGGGAGACGAGAAUGAUGAAAUCGAUCCAAUCCAGCAAGUGCGGCAGAACACAGUGGUGCUCAACUUGACAGGUGUUGAAGAUGCGGAAAAGAAAAGUAUCCGUGGAGUGGUUCCUCUGAAGCUUUUCACGGCUCAAGAAAUGGAGCUCUUUGCUCGCUGUUCUGGGUUUAAGGUGGCUGCAAUGUAUGGGGCUCUCUCAGAGGAAGUAGAUAUCAACAAUGAGGACACUGCAUAUCGUCUCGUUUGCAUUCUGCAGAAGCCAUGA